UGAACACGCGUAAGCAAGAACAAGGCGCUGCUGUUAGGUCUUGCCCUUUUGCUACGGGGCCUCCUGUAAGCUGCACAAGAGAAGGGGAAUUUCCCAGCUCUGGUUUCUGUUGUCCCACAGUCCCUCUGCCGAUUUGAGACGAGAAGAGAGCUGCAAACCGAUCGGACGGGCUUUUCGUGCGGAGGCGUACAGUUGUACACGGAAACAGCCUCAUGUCGACCAAAGUGGAACAGAUGAGUUGGACAACAGGAAUAUCAGGGAGUGAGAUUGGAUCCUGGGAAGUUAGCUCUACCUCUCAACCUCGGUCCAGUUUUGUUCCUUCAACCAGGCGUGAAAGUGAUGUCAUAUCUAAUGAAGGGUUACUCAAAGAAUCCCCCUCUGAAAGUCUGAAUUGGGUUUUAGAGCACUGCUUUCAACAAUACAAACUCAGAGAUGCUUAUCCACAUUUUUUCUUUAAAGUGAAAAAAAGUAGAUUUGGUCCCCCCAAAUCGCGCCGCCGCAUUAUUAUCGCUCCUCCUAUGAGUGGCAUGGCUGCUAGCGGGCCCAAACCUCAUCCACCAGCACCUUCUGUUCCAGAGCAGAAACCCCCAGGCCAGAGAACUCUGGAGGCAGAAGAAAAAAUCUCUCCAGAGGAGGAGGAAUUGCGAGAGCUGGAGGCUUGGAUCAAGGAAAGAAAACAACUGCAGGAUCUGCUGAACAACUGUGUGAACAUUGAGAAAUGGUUAACAGGAAAACAGCCUCUCAAUGAGCAGGAGCAACAUGUGUUGGGAAAAAUACAAGAAAGUAAGGAAGUGAAGAAGGCCAAAAUGGAAACCCUGUUAGAGGAAAUGGGAAGCAAAGAGGAUUUGACACUGAAGAAAGCAAGCAAAAAUGUAAUUCCUCUUAUUGAGGGUCCCUAUCCUGAGUCCCUCAUGACACUGCAGAACCUUCUGCACAAGCAGAAACUCAAGCUAGUGGACCUCUUUAAAAAAUCAGACAGGACCAAGACAAUGAGGUUCAGGAGAGCAGACUUCAUUAGAAUAAUCCAAGAGACCAAGGUGCCAAUCAGUAAAAGUGACCUGGAAGAUGUGAUCAUCUACCUCACUUCUUCAAAGAAAGGGAAUUAUAUAACCAGUGAAGAUCUGGUUGAAUGUCAGAGAAUAUGGGUGGACAACAUAAGAGAGCAGUGGAAACAAUCUAAAGAUUCAAAGCCAGAAGAAUUUGCACCUGCUGCCCCCAAAACAGCUUCUGUUCAUAGGAAAAGUCUUGCACCUAUUCGUAGCAAGGCCAGACUUUCAUCAGCUUGUGCACCAUGUGAGCCUAAGUUAAUCCAGUUGGAAGUUCCCCCCAUCAAUACUGAACCAGACCGCAUGCAUCUGACUUACAAUCAAAUGGAAGAGGUUGGGAAGAGAUACAAGGAAAUGAGGCGGCAGCUGAAGAGAAAGACCAGCCCCUUAGAGUAUGCAGAACAAUGUCGACUGGUGAGAUCUGGAGACCUGGUUGUGGAUGGCCACUGCUGCCCAAGCACCAUCCAGGGUGAAAUGGGAGAGCUGGUGGACCAGCAUCGCCUGGCUUGCCACCUGGUCUACACGCAAUGUCUCAAGCUCUGUGAAAAAUAUGGGGUUCCACUUACUGAAAAGCUGCUGAAAAAGGCUCUGCUCUACCCUGGAGAUAGAAUCGUCAGAGAGGGAAACAGCUUCCAGAAGAUGAGACAACCAGGGGGUUAUUAUGAUCUUUCUUCUACUGUCCAACGAGGAUCACCUUCAAGAGAACAGCCAAGUAGCUCUUCUGGGGAUCAAAAAAGAAAGCCAGAGGCAAAGGCUAAGAAGAAGCAGAUCAAAAAAGCAAAGACCCACAACUGCCGCUGGGAGUCAUUUGCAGAAUUUAAGAGACUAAUGGGAAGCCGCUCAAAAAGAUUGGUUCCUCCAAUGAAUUUUUGGACUGUAUUUGAAUUAGCCUUAGUAGACUCACCAGAUGAACUUGACCAACAAUAUAUGGAAAGAGAGCUGAGGAAAAUGUUUAGCUUUCUGAAUCCCUUGACUGACCCCAAUAGUUUCUGGCCAGGACACCUUCUUGAUAAACUGCGUCUCUUUCUACCCGGGGAGGCUCGUGAUGAAGGGAAUGCUAUAUUCAGCCAUGUUUCUCGCACACGCCCAGUCUAUCCUGCUCGUUACAAUCCUCACCGCAGCUGGCCAAUCAGUGACCAGAGAUAUGUGUCCUAUGGAGAUCCAGAAUCCCGAAAGCAUAAUUAUUAUAUCUGACAGUGUUUCAAAAUAUUCCACAAUACCGACAUUUCAUGACAAGUUGGCUCCUCCAGGGGAUUGGCUACAAAAAGCCAGUAUUCUAAGCAAAACGAACGAGGACAUGGUAAGAAGAUUUGUGACAAGGGUCUCGUUUGGCAAAAGGGGCUUUUCUAGACCAUCAGUAAACACAUGCCCCAAACGUAUGUUGUGACUUUAAGUGUUACGAAUGUCAGAAAGUAAAUAUGUGAGGUGGGUUUGGAGGACAUGUUUGCUAGCUCCAAGCCCCUCACUCUCCAUUCACUGAUAUUUUGUCAUUUUCCAACCUAUGAAAGGUGACUGAAGCUGGAGAAUCAGGGUGCUAAAAUGCAUGGGGAGCCUCCACAGAUACAGAAGGCUCCCCACUUCAGACAGUUACCUUCCAUGGGUUGGAAGGGAACGGGGUGGGGUGAAGGUAGUGUGCAUUUUCCCAGUACUUCCCCUCCUGUGCUUGCUUUGCUCCAUUUGUAAUGUGUGAAGAUGCCUCAUGCCAGAAUUCCACAGUGGUGUGAUACCUACUCUAUACUUUAUGGGACUGCAGGAACAGCCUUAUGUUGCUGUUCCCCUUAAAGGAAUAGAAGAAGUAUAGGGAAAGAUUCCUGUAGUGGAUGCCCAGCUAACAGAGCUUGCGGGAGGGACCAUAGGUCAGUGGUAGAGGCUAUGCUUUGUUUGCUGAAGAUCCCACUUAAAUGGAUCUUUGUACAUAAUCAGACUAAAGGACUAAUAUUCAAGUGGCGCAUGUGUUUAGCUAAAACAACGAGGAGUCUUGUGGCACCUUGAAGACUAAUGCAUUUAUUAUGGCAUCAGCUUUUAUGGACUACAAUCUAUAGCCCAUGAAAGAUUAUGCCAUAAUUUGUUAGCCUUCAUGGUACCACAUUACUCUUUAUUGUCUUGGCUGCAACCAACUUGUUGUGUAAAUUUGUAUAUUUCUUAAGCAGAGUAUAACAGCGGUCUGAAAUGCAUGUGUGCAUUUACCUAAGACAGCAGGCUUUUACCCUGCAUUGAGAUCACUGAGACUUAAGACUUAGUAAAAUAAGAAAGGCUACUUUAUUUAUAGAAAUACAUAGUAGAUAGAAAGGCAUACCUAGUUCUAACUAAGUUGGAGGCACAACACCCAGGCUUGGGAGUUGCCCUCGUGGCUAGGAGCGAGAGAGCAGAGACAAAGGGGUCUCCUCUCUCUUGGACAGUCGGAGAAGAGGAAAAGGCAGAAGGAGGAGGGGCAGAUAAGCUUCCCUUAAGACAUAUCAGUCUAACAACGGAAGGAAGUCAGUCAGAGCAUCACAGGUAAAGGUAGUCAAGCCUAGCCAUCUGGAGGACCCUAACUCUAUCUCCGUUCUGGAACAUAAACAAAAGAACAGAACAGGAAUUGCUGUUACCCCACUUCCAACACAACUAACAUGGCUACCCCUCUUGAAAAUGCAUUGGGCUGUCACAGCUAAUAGCUGAUACACCUGUCCUUUUAUCUGUUCGUCUGCAUCGUCUUUUAAAGCCAUCUUUGCAGAUUUCCAUGGCCAGCACCUUGUCUUGUGCCAACACAUUCUGUAAGUUAAGUGUGAAGAACUGUUCACAUGUGUCCUGAAUCUACGACCAAGCAAUCACAAAGGCUAGUCCCAAGUUCUAGUACAGGGGUCGCUAAGCUGUGGCCCUCCAGAUGUUUGACUCCAAGUUCUGUCAGCAUGGCCAGUGGUCAGGAAUGAUAAGAGUUGUAAUCCAACAACAUCUGGAAUGCCACAGAUUGCCCAUUCUUAAGUGUUUGUGGGGGAGUAGGAAAUUCUCUUUACUUACUCUCUUCAUGCUGUUCAGAAUUUUAUAAACCUCAAUCAAGUAUUCUCUUAGUUACCUUCUUCCCCCCUCCUCCCAAACAAAGGCAAAAGCUCCAAAGACUUUAGCCUUUUCUCGUAGGGAAGAUGGUCUGACCACUCGGUCAUUUGAAUUCCCCUUUUCUAUACAUUUUCCAGCACUCUCGUGUCCUAGACUGAGCUCCUGCUCAGUUUCUAAGCAUGAUGCGAAGUGGUAUUGUCGCACUGGGCUCCUACUGGGAGGAGGGGUGGGAUAUAAAUUCAAUAAAUAAAUAAAUAAACUUUAAAUUCCUAAAUGGCUCAGGAUCCAGGUAUCUUAAAGCAGCGUGGUCAGACUUCAGCCUGACGGGGUCUAUUUUUGGGAAAGGGCUGUAGCUCCAUGGUAGACUGUGACGCCCUUCCCUGGCUCUCCCUGUCAGGUUCCUACCUGCUCGUGGCUACUG